GUCAGGAAUUGGUGUCCAGGCGCAAGCAAGAGACGUUGGAUAGCAGCUCUAUUCGUAGCUAUUGCAGUGGACUGUAAUUGUGGAAGCAUUGGAGCGACCAGUAGUAAUAUUGUCGACCAGCCGUCGCGGAAAAGCAUUUUCGACCUCCUCAGUGUGAAGCACCAUGGUCAAAUUAUACCUGAGGUAUCGGCUCGCCGCCUCCUUCGGCCUAGUAGCCAGCGGCGGAAGUAACUCUCUGUUCGACAAAACCGGCAAAUAUGCCAUAACACCAGCGCUCGAAAAUGUCACAGUCUGGGACGUCCGGAAAGGCACCUUGUUUGGGGAAUGGAAGGACGCGGAUAACAAGGCUGAGGUCACUGGGAUGACGAGAAGUCCGUCGGGAGAGCAUAUUGCUGUUGGAUAUGCAGACGGUUCGAUUAGGGUUUGGGAGCUAGCUACCGGCGAGUCAGCAAUCACCUUCAACGGACACAGAUCAGCCGUCACGGCACUAUCCUACGACUCAACAGGCGCACGACUAGUCUCGGGCUCCAAAGACACAGACGUGAUCGUAUGGGACAUCGUAGCGGAAUCCGGCCUGUACAGGCUACGAGGUCACAAAGACCAAGUCACAGCAGUGCGCUUCCUCUCGAAAGACGGGCUGGAUCACGUCGUGUCGACAUCAAAAGACACGCUGAUGAAGUUUUGGGAUUUGGCUACUCAGCAUUGUGUGGAGACGGUUAUUGCGCAUCGGGGGGAGGUGUGGGAUAUGGAUGUGUCGCCUGAUCAGACCCGCAUAUUCACGGGUGCAGGCGAUGGGGAGGUCCGUGUGUGGCAGUUGGAUCUGCCGGUGCUGAGAUCUAAACUGGAGCCAGCGGGGAAUACGGUCAAUAGCGGGUGGCAAGGGACGGAAACGAACCCGGAUGGGACACCGGCCACGAAACGGGCGGUUGUUGGGUUGGGCACGUUGGAAAGGCAGAGCAAAGAGCGGGUCGUUACCCUUCGAGUGCAUCCGAGUGGUCGGUACGUCGGAGCGCAGGGCUCUGACAGGCUGGUGGAGGUGUUCCGGAUACGCACGGAAGAGGAGAUCAAGAAGAAGAUGGCGCGGUUGAAGAAGCGGCAAAAGGAGAAAAAGACCAAAGGGAAAGGCGGAAAGGAGGAGGCGAACGGUAAUGACGACGAGGAAGAGGAAGUUAAGCUGAGCGUGGCUGAUGAGAUCCCACGAGUAGCCCACAUCCGAUGUUCGGCAAAAGUUCGGUCGUUCGAUUUCUCGCCCGUCAGUAUACACAAAGGGGCGGCGGGGAGCGGGAAGGAGGCACCGCUGCAGAUCCUUUGCGCGUUGUCAAACAACAGCGCCGAGGUGCAUGCGGUGGAGUUUGAGAACAAGGAGCAGCCCACCCGGCUCGUCUCAGGAAUCGACAUCCCUGGCCAUCGGUCAGACGUCCGGACGCUGGCGUUGGCGCCCGACGAUGAACUGCUGUUGACGGGUUCCUCGGACAUGAUCAAGAUUUGGAACGUGUAUUCGCGGCAAUGUCUGAAAACCAUCGAGUCCGGUUACGCAUUAUGCUGUGAGUUCCUGCCUGGCAACAACUUUGUCAUCAUCGGAACAAAAACGGGCGAGCUGCAGUUGUUUGAUCUGGCCCGGUCCGCUAUGAUUGAAAGUAUCAAAGCCCAUGACGGGCCUGUGUGGUCGCUGCACAUGCGCGCCGACAAGAAGGGAUUCGUGACGGGGUCGCAGGAUAAGGACGUCAAGUUCUGGGAUCUGGGGUUCAUGGAGGACACGGAGUACUCGCGCGUGCAGAAACGCCCGACGAUGGUGCACACCCGGACACUGAAGAUGGCGGACGACGUGCUGUGUGUACGAUACUCCCCCGACGGGCGGUUGCUGGCCAUCUCGUUACUGGAUUCCACUGUCAAGGUCCUGUACGCCGACACGCUCAAAUUCUUCCUCUCGCUGUACGGCCACAAACUGCCCGUCCUGUCGAUGGACAUAUCCUCCGACAGCACGCUGAUCGUAACCGGCUCAUCAGACAAAACGAUCAAGAUCUGGGGCCUCGAUUUCGGCGACUGCCACAAAUCCCUGCACGCGCACCAAGACUCCGUCAUGAACGUGCGCUUCGUCUUUGGCACGCACUACCUCUUCUCCGUCGGCAAGGACCGCGCGGUCAAGUACUGGGACACGGACAGCUUUGAGCUGAUCAUGACGCUCGGCGGCACGGCCGGCGGCGGCGCGCAGCACCACGGGGAGGUGUGGGCGUUGGCGGUGGCUAAGUACGGCAAUUUCGUCGUGACGGGCGCACAUGACCGGUCUAUCCGCGUGUGGGAGAAGACGGACGACCAGUUCAUGCUUGAGGAGGAGCGCGAGAAGGAGAUGGAGGAGAUGUACGAGACUACCGCUGCCGACGCUGCAGAUAAGUUCGACGCGCCGGUUGGAUCCGGGAUCGCUGCUGAUGACCCCGACCAUAUGCGGCCCGACACCGGCGAUAAUGCCGACGAGGCCGCCGCGCCUGGCAAAGCCACUGCCGGUACCCUGAAAGCCGGUGAGCGGCUGAUUGAGGCCCUGGAUGUGUGGGAGGAGGAGCGGCGGAACCUGGACGCGUAUGAGCGUGUCAAGGCGGGCAACCCGGAUGCGGUGCCGCCGCCGCGCUCGCCGUUUAUCGUCGCGCUGAAUAUCCCGGAUAUCACCCCUGAGGGGUAUGUCCUGCAUGUCGCGCAGAAGAUCAGGGCGUCGGAUCUAGAUGAGGCGCUGCUUGUGUUGCCGUUUGCGAAGGUGGUGGCACUGUUGAAGAAUAUCGUUGCGUGGAUCGAUAGGGCCUGGAACCCCACCCUCACCUCCCGGAUCCUCUUCCACCUCCUCCGCACGCAUCACCACCAACUCGUCAGCACCGCCACCCUGCGGCCCACACUAACCACCAUCCGCCGCACGCUACGCGCCCAGCUCGUCGCCCACCGCGAGAAGGUCGGGUUCAACCUCGCUGGGCUGCGGUACUGGCAGAAUCAGCUGAGGGAACAGGCUGAGGUCAAUGCGUUUGUGGGUGAGGAUAGGUUUGAGGAUGCCGCGAAUGGGGAGAAGGAAGGGGAGGAGAAGGAUGGGAAGGGGAAAUCGAAGAGGAAACGGAGGAAUGCGUAGGGAUGGCCUUUUUGAAUGGUUUAAUUUCGUUCUCUAUCAUUAUUUUAUCACUUUGCAUAUCACACCCUUGUACAUGAUUCACUGCACGCAGUCCUAGAGAGAUUUACCAAGGUUAGGUUAGGCUAGACUACAGGCCGUCAGAAUAGUGUCCGACCUAGAGCUGAAUAUAAAGAAACCCGGACCUUCUCCAGAAGAUGUCUGCGCU